GACGACGGCCCCUAUAAAUUGAUUCUCCGUUGUCUCAGGAGCCACCACGCUAUUAAAAUUCUCCAUUUUUCUGACACCCGUUUUCUCCCAACUGAGAUUCACCGGGAAAGAAAAAUGGCGGAUCUCAACGCCUCUCAGAAUGGAGCUUCUGUCACUGUUACUGAAAAUCAAUCGGCUCUCAUCUUCUUAGGCACUGGGUGUUCCAGCGCCGUCCCCAAUGCAAUGUGCCUCAUCCAGCCCUCUGAUCCCCCUUGCCGCAUCUGUUCCCAGGCCCUCUCCGUUCCACCCGAGAAAAACCCUAAUUACAGGUGCAAUACGUCUCUUCUUAUUGACUAUUGCCAAGCGGAUGGCAGCCACCAUUAUAUUUUAAUUGAUGUUGGGAAGACAUUUAGGGAGCAAGUACUUCGAUGGUUUACUCACCAUAGGAUUCCGAGAGUGGAUUCAAUUAUAUUGACUCAUGAACAUGCCGAUGCGAUUCUUGGGCUGGAUGAUAUACGUGCAGUGCAACCUUUUAGCCCUGUAAAUGAUAUUGAUCCCACACCAAUUUACCUAACUCAUCAUUCGAUGGAAAGUAUUUCAGUGAAGUUUCCUUACCUAGUCCAAAAGAAACUUAGAGAAGGCCAAGAAGUGAGGCGUGUGGCACAGCUUGACUGGAAGAUAAUCGAAGAUCAUCAUGAGAAGCCCUUUGUCGCAUCAGGCUUACAAUUUACUCCUUUGCCUGUUAUGCAUGGAGAAGAUUAUGUAUGUUUGGGGUUUCUUUUUGGUGAAAAAUAUAGAGUAGCAUAUUUUUCUGACGUCUCACGGAUUCCUGCAAGCACAGAACAUGUUAUUUCAAUAAAUGGAGCUGGACGGCUGGAUCUUCUUAUCCUGGACACACUAUAUAAGAAUGGAUCCCAUAACACUCACUUUUGCUUCCCACAGACCUUGGAAGCUGUAAAGAAGCUAAAUCCAAAACGAGCCAUGUUAAUUGGAAUGACUCAUGAAUUUGAUCACCAGAAGGACAACGAAUUCCUGCUUAACUGGUCCAAAAGGGAAGGAAUUCCAGUGCAGCUUGCUCACGAUGGUUUAAGAAUCCCUGUAGGCCUUUAAACAGGUCUAUAUGAACCAUGAGUGAACGAAUACCAGAUUGAUAUAAGAGUACAUCAUCCCAUGUGUUUUGGGAGAAUACAAUAAUAUUCUUUUUUGAAACUAGACGAUGGACGUUCUCGAUGGGUAUGGCUACGGUGGUAUUUGACACUUGAGAGUGACUGAAGAAGAAUUGACAGGCUAUUAAGAAGGUUUUUUUUUUUUCAGUACCUUACUGAUCGUAUUAUUUUGGCCAUCAUCAGCAUCAGGUGAUUAAAAUGAUUUUUUUAGAAGCUAGGCGUGGAAAGUGAACAGUUCGUUGUGGAGUUAGAAUUGUAAACGUUCAAUAAAACUUGAAACCCUGUACAAAAUUUAGCAGCAAUAUAUCUAGCUAAAGGCAGUUUCUUCCCUGCCUUGAUUGUUCUUGUUUAA